AUGGCGUGGAGAAGCUCUGGCUCUUCUAACAAGGCUCUUAUCGAGAACCUGUGGAAGAAUGAGCUCAUUACCGAUUCGAGAGUUAAGGAGGCUUUCCUGAAGGUCGACCGCGCGCAUUACGCUCCCGCCUCUCCGUACGAAGACUCCCCCCAGUCUAUCGGCCAUGCGGCGACCAUAUCUGCACCCCACAUGCACGCAGCCGCCAUCGAGAAGCUCCUACCCUUCGUCAUACCAUCCGAGAAGAACCCCGCGCCCCGCGUCCUCGACAUCGGCUCCGGCUCCGGCUACCUCACACACGUCCUCGCCGAGCUAGUAGGCGACAAGGGGACCGUCAUCGGUCUGGAGCACAUCCAGGCACUCCACGACCUGGGCGAGGAGAACAUGAAGAAGAGUGCAGAGGGCCGAGCGUUCCUGGACUCAGGGCGCGUGAAGUUCCGCGUAGGCGACGGACGCAAAGGCUGGGUCGAGCCGGACGAGGACAUACGCUCGGCGGAGCAGGACGUGGUGGAGACGAGGGGUAAGGGAUGGGAUGCCAUCCAUGUCGGCGCGAGCGCCGUCGAGCUGCACCAGGAGCUCGUGGACCAACUGCGUGCCCCCGGCCGCAUGUUCAUCCCGGUGGACGACGGCGCGGACGGCUGGAGCCAGCAUGUCUGGGCGAUCGACAAGGACGAGAAGGGCGAGGUCACCAAGAAAAAGCUGUUCGGCGUACGCUACGUCCCGUUGACGGACGCCCCGAAGUGA